AUGGCUCGUAAAAUGCUCCGUAAGAAACGAAAAUCAGUCACGGAGGAAGACACGGUCGCGACAAAUGGAAUCCAUCAAGUCUCAGACCUCCCGGUCUUUACGCGUCAUGCAGCCGAGUCGGGUAAUGCACGUGUCAUUAAGCGCUGGGUCCAUUCUACAGACAGAAACGUCGAUGCCCGAAGUGCUGAGAAUCUCACGGCACUGCACUACGCUGUACGUGGCGGUCACAACGAGUGCACGAGGCUGUUGCUUAUGGUUAAUGCCGAUCCGAACGCUAUUGAUGAACGUGGUAUCACGCCGUUGCAUUUGGCGGCACUUGGCGGUCACGCGCUCUGUGUGAAGCUGCUACUGGACCAUCACGCCGAUCCGUUCCGAGAAGACGUGGACCAUCACACUCCGCUGUUUAUUGCAGAACAAAGCGGCAAUAUUGGAUGUGCUAGAUUGCUACAGCGAGCAAUGGCCAAAGCGGCGGUGCAAGAUGAAGCGUCCGUCACGUUACGUGCUGGUGCGAACACUGCACACAUCGACAAUACGGUGUAA